AUGGUGGUGUUACUGGUCUUGAAAUUGAUGCUGCUUCCUUGUGUAGUAUGCAAGACUCACAUUGCUAAAUGCCAUAUCCACAAUCCACACACUCCAUCGCACCUGUAUCACCAGGAAGGUAAUCUCAUCAUUGGGGCUAUUGCAUCUCAUGGCAUCCUCAACUACAAUUCAAUAGCCUUCACCCAAGAACCCCCACCAAUCUUAAUUGAAGACCUUAAUGCGGUGCCUAAGAAUUACCAGCACAUCCUGGCUUUGGAAUUUGCAGCAAAGGAGAUCAACGAAAACCCUCAGCUCUUACCCAAUGUCACUUUAGGUUUCCGCAUCUAUGACAGCUAUUUCAAUGCCAAAUGGACCUCUCAUGCCACAAUGUUACUCAUAUCCACACUGGAAACAUUUGUCCCUAACUAUAUCUGUGACAUCAAGAAAAACCUUUUAGCCAUCAUUGGGGGACUGGACAUCCAGACUUCUCUUCAAGUGGCAACAGUCUUGGAUAUCUAUAAGGUUCCACAGCUCCACCAUUUUCUGAGGGGUAUCUCGUUUAACAAUAGUGCUGGGGACACGGUUUCCUUUGACCAGACUGGGGAGAUAGUAGCCGGAUUUGAUGUCAACAACUGGAUUGUUUUUUCAAACCAAUCCUUUAAAAGAGUGAAAGUUGGGAAGAUGGACCCCCAGGCUCCUCCAGACCAAGCUUUCACUAUCAACGAGGAUGCCAUAACGUGGCAUAACUGGUUUAACCAGACACAGCCUAACUCUGUAUGUACCGAUAGUUGCCUUCGUGGUUCUAGCAAGAAAGUGAAACAAGGAGAGCCAUUUUGCUGCUAUGACUGCACACCUUGUCCAAAAGGGAAGAUUUCAGGCGAGGAGGACAUGAAUGACUGUUAUGAGUGUGAAGUUGAAAAGUAUCCAAGCAAAAAUAAGACUAUAUGUAUUCCGAAGCAUGCAACUUUCUUGUCCUUUGAAGAACCUCUCGGCCUCAGCUUAGCCUGUUCUGCUCUUUCCUUUGCUUUCAUUACAGCACUAGUACUUGAAAUAUUUGUGAAGCACAGGGACACUCCCGUUGUGAAAGCCAACAACCGGGACCUCACCUACACUCUGCUCAUCUCCCUCUUGCUUUGCUUCCUUUCUGCAUUACUGUUCAUUGGAUAUCCUGACAAGGUGACGUGUCUCCUCCGACAAACUGCUUUUGGCAUCAUCUUCUCCAUGGCUGUUUCUUGUGUGCUGGCAAAAACCAUCACUGUGGUUCUGGCUUUCAUGGCCACAAAACCAGGAUCCAGGAUGAGGAAGUGGGUGGGGAAAGGACUGGCAAACUCUAUUGUCCUUACCUGCUCCCUACUCCAAGCACUCAUCUGCACUCUGUGGCUGGUGAUCUCUCCUCCAUUCCCUAAUGCUGACAUGAAGUCAGUAGCUGAAGAAAUUAUACUGGAGUGCAAUGAGGGGACGAUGACCUUCUUUUACUGUGUCUUGGGCUACAUGGGCUUCCUAGCUGUGGUCAGUUUCACUGUGGCUUUCCUUGCCCGGAAAUUACCUGACAGUUUCAACGAAGCCAAGUUCAUCACUUUCAGCAUGUUGGUCUUUUGCAGUGUUUGGUUAUCCUUUGUUCCUACCUACAUGAGCACAAAGGGGAAAUACAUGGUGGCUGUGGAGAUCUUCUCUAUCUUAGCCUCCAGUGCUGGUUUGUUGGGUUGCAUCUUUUGCCCCAAAUGUUACAUUAUUUUGCUGAAGCCUGAGCUGAACAAUAGGGAUCUCUUAAUUAGAAGGAAGUCUUGA